CAAGAGAAGAUAAAAAGAAAAAGAUAUUUCAAGAGAAAACAGAAGCAUCUUGGAGAUUUUGAAGUCAGCACCUUUUUACAGAUGAAAUGAGCUUCAAUUUUUGCAUCAAAUUUCAUCCUAAUAUGAGCCCAACCAUUUCCAUUCCCUCAAAAUUCAGCUGUUUUCAUCAUUACUCUCCCAGAAGGCACAGAACCCGGUCCUCAGUCCCUGUAAUUCUCUCUGUUCUUGGAACAUUCCGCCGUGUGACUGAAUUGGCAGGAGAUGAUGUUUUGGAAGCCUUUAUGCAAGAGAGAGAACUCAGUGGAGACUUUAUAGCGAAAAUUUCUGAUAAAAUUUGGCUUAAGUUUACUAAUGAUACUCAAAAAACCCAAAGAAACGCGGUCUUGGAUGGAGAUUCUAUCAAGCCUGUAGGACUCUCGGAACAGGAAUUAAAUGGAGAAGCUGAAAGUGGUGGAUUUCUGAAACUGAAAAGUACAAAUGAAUGGGUGUUAGGAGACACCAACUCGGCGCCUGUGAAUAAGAAGAAGACGGCUAAGGAGAUAAGGGAUGAUAGUGAAAGGAGGAGGAAGCUCAACCUGCUCAAAUAUGAAGCUCUCAAAAGAGAACUGCUAGUGCUUACUUUGGGGAUUGGAACCAUGUGCACUGGAUACUGUCUUACUGUGUUGUCGGUUGAGGCUGCUGUGAGCUAUGCAAUUGGUGUACUUUUCAGUUGCUUGUACCUUCAACUCCUAUGCCAACAUGCGGACAACAUUUCAAGAGAAAACAUUCCGGACAUUUUCAUGCAAAAGAAGUCAAAGAAAAUUGGAAUUAGAAGCCAGGAUCUAGAAGAUUUUUUUGAGAAAUCCAUCAAGGGUACCGGCAUUGCUCUUUCAUCUCCAAGGCUUGUGAUUCCUGCCGCAAUAUAUGGAGUGUGGGAAUUGUGUCAGCAUUUUGGCCAUGAUAUACUUGAUUUCCAGCUUGCUCCUGCGAUGCUCGGGAUAUUUGCAUAUAAAGCUGCUGCUCUUGUACAAGUCUACAGGGACAAUGAAGACCUCCAAUUCAUUUUCCCAGAUAAUGAAGGAAAAUCGGGUGAUUGAAUCUCCAUGAAGAUUUAACAGAUCAUACAUAUAACAAAGGAGAUAUCUAAUGUGCAUUAGUAAUAGUGAAUAGUUUUGCUAGGAAUGGAAGAUUUCAGAUUGUAGUGUAUAUUCAUGGAUGAGAUAAAAGUGUUCGAAAUUUUGUUCGUAUGUAGUUCUUCUGAUAUAUAUUAUCCGAACACUAUUUUUUUUUUUUUAAAUCCAUUCCAGUAGAUCCCACUUAAAUGUGGGUAAAACCU